AUGGAGGCCAGAGACGGCGGCUCAGCGCCCUUGCCGUGCUCGUACGCGCCGCUGCCGGAGGAUGCCGAGGCCGCCGCGACGGUGGGGCGCACGCGCCGGACUGCAGGCCCGCUUUGUGCCGCGCUGCUGCUGGCGACGGCGGCUGUGCUCCUCGUGGUCGCCGCGCUCGCCGGUGUCAGGUUCGCCGGCCAGCCGCCCGCGGGUGGCAUCGUCGUCAUGUCUGGACACGAGACGACGGCUGACGCGGCGCCGAUGAGCGCCAGCAGCCGGGGGCCUGAGUCUGGCGUCUCCGAGAAGACGUCCGGCGCCGCCGCGCACGGCGGCAUGCUGCGCGCGGACGCUGGCGGCAACGCGUUCCCGUGGAGCAAUGCCAUGCUCCAGUGGCAGCGCACCGGCUUCCACUUCCAGCCCGAGAGGAACUGGAUGAACGACCCCAAUGGUACGGUACAUUUCUGCAUACUUAUUUGGGUAAUCUUGUUGAUGAUGCAAAACUCAUUUUUCGAUGCAAAAUGCAAGUGCAGGUCCCGUGUACUACAAGGGGUGGUACCACCUCUUCUACCAAUACAACCCGGACGGCGCCAUCUGGGGCAACAAGAUCGCCUGGGGGCACGCCGCCUCCCGCGACCUGCUCCGGUGGCACCACCUCCCGGUUGCCAUGUCCCCCGACCAGUGCUACCCGACGGCCGCAUCGUCAUGCUCUACACCGGCUCCACCAACGCAUCGGUCCAAGUCCAGUGCAUGGCCUUCCCCACCGAUCCCUCCGACCCUUUGCUCAUCAACUGGACCAAGUAUGAGAACAACCCGGUGAUGUACCCGCCACCGGGCGUUGGGGAGAAGGACUUCAGGGACCCGACCACUGCGUGGUUUGACGGUUCGGACGACACAUGGCGGCUCGUCAUCGGCUCCAAGGAUGACCGCCAUGCCGGCAUGGUCAUGACCUACAAGACCAAGGAUUUCAUCGACUAUGAGCUUGUCCCCGGGUUGCUUCACCGUGUGCCAGGGACAGGUAUGUGGGAGUGCAUUGAUUUGUACCCGGUCGGUGGUAAAAGGGGCAUCGACAUGACAGAGGCAGUGGCAACGGCAUCCAAGAAUGGUGGCGGCGAUGUUUUGCACGUGAUGAAGGAGAGCUCCGAUGAUGACCGACACGACUACUACGCGCUUGGAAGGUACGAUGCUGCGAAGAACACAUGGACGCCACUAGACACCGAUGCCGAUGUCGGCAUUGGGCUGAGGUACGACUGGGGAAAGUUCUAUGCGUCCAAGACAUUCUACGAUCCAUCAAAGAAGCGACGCGUGUUGUGGGGGUGGGUCGGCGAGACGGACUCCGAGCGCGCUGACGUUGCUAAGGGAUGGGCCUCCCUGCAGUCGAUCCCUCGCACGGUGGUGCUGGACACCAAGAAAGGGAGCAACCUUCUGCAGUGGCCGGUAGAGGAGGUGGAGACGCUCCGGACCAACUCCACCAACCUUGGAGGCGUUACCGUCGACCAUGGCUCCGUAUUCCCACUCAGCCUUCACCGUGCCACCCAGCUCGACAUCGAGGCCUCAUUUCGUCUUGACCCGCUCGACGUCGCCGCUGCCAAGGAGGCUGAUGUCGGCUACAACUGCAGCACCAGCGGUGGCAUGACUGGACGGGGAACGCUCGGUCCCUUCGGUCUCCUUGUGCUCGCUGAUGCCAGGCGCCACGGUGGCGACAUGGAGCGGACCGGUAUCUACUUCUACGUCGCCAGAGGCCUCGACGGCGGCUUGCGCACACACUUCUGCCAUGACGAGACGCGCUCAUCUCAUGCCAACGAUAUUGUCAAGAGGGUCGUAGGCAACAUUGUCCCUGUGCUCGAUGGCGAGGAGUUUUCAGUGAGGUUGCUAGUGGACCAUUCCAUUGUUGAGAGCUUUGCAAUGGGCGGGAGGUUGACGGCGACGUCACGGGUGUACCCAACGGAGGCAAUCUAUGCCAACGCUGGGGUCUACCUCUUCAACAACGCCACUAGCGCCCGGGUCAACGUCACGAGGCUCGUCGUCCAUGAGAUGGACUCCUCCUACAAUCAGGCCUACAUGGCCUCACUGUAA